CUGGCAACAUGCUGCUUUUAUGGCUGAAUUGUUUGUUGUGAUUUUGGAAGCUUGUACGUCGAAGUGAAAAUAUAAAUAUUAUUCCCACAUUUGAGCCUUACUUUCAGAUACUUUUAACUGAAAUCAAACAGAAGUUUAAUAAAGCUAUCUAUAAUAAAAGGUCAUUCAGCUACAAAUUUAUGAUAAAAAUUAAACGUUAUUUUUCAAUACCUGGUUCAUUUGUUUCGUACUCGUAAAAUUCGAAAAUGGGUACAACAAGCUCUACGAAACGUGACAGAGCUUAUUCAUCAGACAAUGAAGGACCACCCCCCUCUUGCAAGGAAGGUAAGGUGUUCGAAUUUAGUGCUGGAAACAGGAAGGAAAAGUUCGGAUACCAAUCGUCACUGGAUGAUUAUGAUGAUUUUUCUAAUUUAUCCAGAGAUAAAUCAGAUGAAAUGAAUAGGCCUGGUGAAAAACUUUUACCAACUGUUUUCAAAUGGGCUGGUGGUGGUAAAGAUGUGAUGAUCAGUGGUUCAUUCUCUGAUUGGAAACCCAUACCUAUGGUUCAAAGUCAGGGAGAUUUUGCCCUAAUAUUAGAAAUACCCGAAGGAGAUCAUCAAUACAAGUUCAAAGUGGAUGGCCAAUGGCAGCAUAAUCCAAGUGAACCUACUGUAGAUAAUGAUGUUGGAUCGAAAAAUAACACCAUAUCUGUUAAAAAGUCUGAUUUCUUGGUAUUUGAAGCUCUCGCGGCAGACAGUAUUGGAUCUACCUAUACAGGAUCUCCACCGGGAUCUUAUUCUCAGGAGAUCCCUCAGCCUAAGCCAAAUGAAAAGACGGUUCGACCACCUGUCUUACCCCCGCACUUGUUGCAAGUGAUAUUAAACAAGGAUGUUAUGAUGGCUUGCGAACCAAAUCUUUUGCCAGAACCUAACCAUGUGAUGCUGAAUCACCUCUAUGCACUUUCUAUAAAAGAUGGUGUUGUUGUUUUGAGUGCAACACAUCGUUACAAGAAGAAAUAUGUUACUACUUUGUUGUAUAAGCCAAUUUAAGUCAAGAUUUGCAUUGAGACUCAUUUUAUUUUGUAGCUUAUGUAGAGUUUAUUUGAAUGCUGCUCUUAAUGGCACAUUUGUCAUGUUUUGUUUGAAUUAUUCUAGAGAAAGAUAUGUAUACUAUUUUCCUAAAUGUAAACAGCAGAUGUGCGUAGUAAUAUUUUCACAAAUAGUUUUAAUUGUACCUGAUUGCUAUCUUUUUAGAUUAUAUUCGGUACUUAACGAUUAGCCG